AUGCCGCCUCAGCAGCUCACGAUGCGCCGAUUUCUUCUCCUCUUCCGUCAGCUUUCGUCGCCACAUCGCGGACUUCAAGGCGAUGAUGUCGUGGUCCAGCGUCACGCCGCAGAAACCGAAGCCGAUCCCGUCUUUGCCGAUGGCGAUGUGCAUUAUUACUUCGGUGCUGCGGACUUGGGACCAGCGGAAGCGUCCGAUGCGACGCGUGCCGUUUAUGGCGACGUCGGAGAUGGUGUAGGUGCCCUGGGGGAUGUAACUAGUUUGUUUGAGGGUGGGCGUGGGGUUGGCGAGGUAGUGGAGGAAGGCGUUUAUGUCUUUGAUGCGGAGGAUGGUGCCGUGGGUUAUUGGGCGGUGGCGGGUUGUGUCCAUUUUGUUGCUUUUGUGGUGCAAGUGCAAGUGGAAGAGGAAGGAAGUACAUAG